AUGCCUCUCGACGCUCGUUCUCCUGUGAUUCUACACUACCUUCAGAAUCUCUUCCUUAUUACACUUUGCGCAGCAUUCACCCCUCUUUUAACAUCGAUAGCUAUACUUUCUACCCUCAUAUCACCCCUCAUCACCCCCAAACAGAUCCAAGAACCCCUCAAAUGGCGCACAAACUCUAAAUCCCCUCCCCGCACGAUCCUAGUAACAGGGGUAGGAAUGAGCAAAGGCCUCAGCAUCGCGCGCUCCUUCUACCGCGCAGGCCACCGCGUCAUCGGCGCAGAUUUCGAGCCCUACUAUAUCCCCGUCUCUGGACAUUUCUCCAGAUCACUCCGAACGUUCUACCGUCUGCAGAAACCCGGGGGAAACUCAGGAGCGGAGGAAUAUACCAGGGAUAUUGUGAAUAUUAUUGAGAAAGAAAAGGUGGAUUUAUGGGUAUCGUGUUCGGGUGUCGCGUCAGCGAUUGAAGAUGGGGAAGCAGCGGAAAUGGUGCAGCGGAGUACGAAAUGUGCGGCAGUGCAGUUUGGGGUGGGAUUGACGGAGACGCUGCAUGAGAAAUUCUCAUUUAUUAAAUAUACGAUGGAGUUGGGCUUGAACGCACCGCUUACGUAUAAGAUUCAUUUGUGUGAAGAGGCUUCGGAAAUUUUGCAUCCGGAGAAUGGGGAAUCGGUGGAUAAACAGUUCAUCAUGAAACCGGAAAUGGUCGAUGAUAGUGUGAGAGCCGAUAUGACUCUACUUCCAUCUCCGUCACGCACACAAACAGAUAAACAUAUCCAAAAACUGAAACCGUCACUCAAAAGACCAUUUGUUCUUCAACAAUACAUCAAAGGGAGAGAAUACUGCACACAUAGUAUUAUUCUCAAAGGCAAAAUCCACGCGUUCGUCUCAUGUCGCUCUUCAGAUAUGUUAAUGCACUACCAAGCUCUUCCGCCUUCAUCAGCUCUCGCACAAGCCAUGUUUCACUACACUACCCUCUAUAUUCAGCGCGCUGCAGAAAGAACUCCCAACUCCCCAAUUACCGGACACUUCUCUCUCGAUUUUCUCAUCGAUGAGGAAAUCGCUCAGAACGCAGAGGGUUCUCUCCAUCCUUCAUCUAAGGAAAUAGAGAAAUUGCAUAAAGAACUCUUUCCUAUUGAAUGUAAUCCCCGCGCCCACACAGCCGUGGUUCUCCUCAAUGACUCCGUGGAAGAAAUGGCAGAGGCUUAUUUAUCAUUAUUGACCGACAAUAGCACAAAUGGAAAUGGGGAUACAUCUUUAACCACACUCCACAAGAACGGAGAUCCAAUAACUCCCCUUCCCCAAGCCGUCAAUGGGGGUUAUUAUUGGAUCGGCCAUGAUUUUGUCACGAAAAUACUUCUCCCAAUAUACCACUUAUUCAGCUUCCAAAAAGGAAUCACGAAUUUAGUAAAAGAAUGGUGGGAAUUCGGUAAACAUGUAUUACUGUGGAAAGAUGGCACGUAUGAGAUUUGGGAUCCUUGGCCAGCGUGGUGUUUGUAUGUGGUGUUUUUGCCAGGAUGUUUCUGGGCGAGUUUGUGGGAGCGAAAAUGGUGGAGUAGAUGUAAUGUUAGUACGGGGAAGUUUUUUGGGGUCUGA